AUGGAGAAGCUCGCUUUGGCCUUGAUCACGGCCUCCAGGAAGUUGAGACCCUACUUCCAAGCCCACACCAUCCACGUGCUGACAAAUUUUCCCCUAAGGCAGGUACUCCAAAAGCCCAAUGCCUUAGGGAGAUUAUUGAAAUGGGCGGUGGAGCUAAGUAAGUUUAACCUCGUGUUCAAGGCUAGGGCAGCCAUCAAGGGCCAAGCCUUAGCUGACUUUGUGGCAGAAUUCGCCAACUUACUCGAGGUGGACGAAAUCAUGGAACAAGCCGAGCCCCCGACGCCGGAAGGUCACAAGCUGAAUUCGACGUUGAGGUUCGGAUUCAAGACCACCAACAAUGUAGCAGAAUACGAGGCGCUUAUCGUAGGCCUCAGGUUAGUCAAAGAAAUGCAAGUAAAGAGACUACUUAUCAGUAGUGACUCCCAGCUGGUCGUUAACCAGGUCAAUGAUCUCCGCAUUGAAAACGCACAUGCGAAUGCACUCUCCAAACUUGAAAGUAGCAAGGAUUCCGAACUACUCACAGUAGUCCCUAUAGAGCACCUCCUCAUACCGUUAACCAAGGCUCCCAAUGUAAGGUGGAUCGCUGGGACUCCUACCUGGAUGCAGCCCAUCGUGGCAUACCUCAAGGACCAGGAACUUCCCACUGACAAGCAUGUGGCCUACAAGCUAAGGAGGAGGUCAGCCCAUUUCUUCUUCAUUGAUAAUGUACUCUAUAAGAGGAGCUUCUCCUUUCCACUCUUACGAUGCGUCGAAGGAGAAGAUGCUACCUACAUCUUAAGAGAAGUCCAUGAGGGUGUGUGCGGCAACCACUUUAGAGGUCUAUCUUUGGCACAAAAGAUACUGAGACAAGGGUACUACUGGACUACCUUGAAAAGAGAUGCCCUUGAACAACCAUAUCAAGAUUUGACCGCGGUCUCCAGCCCUUGGCCUUUCUCUAAGUGGGGUGUGGACCGUAUAGGUCCUCUACCAAAAGGCAGAGGAGGUGCGAGCUUCGCAAUUGUGGUCAUUGAUUACUUCACGAAGUGGAUUGAUGCUGAACCGCUGGCAAAAUUAUAG